AUGACGCUCAUGGGUGUACCGUCCAAAUCCAUAAAGGAUCUACCAACCGAGGCCGUCACCGAGUCCCCAAACAGUCGUACCAAACUAAAAAACUCCAUACUUCAACUUCGUCUGCCAAUAGAGAAAAAACUCAUUGGCAAAGAGGCGUCCACUAACAUGGAAAUCAAAUGCAUUUCAUCCAUGGACGGGAUUAACCCAUCUCUAGCCCCACCUCUAUCCAGCAUCCGCAACAUUAUGAUUGUUGAUGAGCAUCAAUUGGUCAACAAUCAAAAGUUGCACUGGCCAAAUAGUGCAGCUACAAGCAUUAUGUGGAGUCUUACGGUUAUAAUAUUGGGUAUGUUGAUGUCUUUAUGUUAAAUUUCUGGAUAGUUUUUCUAUUUGUGUGAUACUAGAGACUGGAAUACUUAAUUACUAAAAUUAAAGUUAAGUUAUAUUUAAUUAUACGAAAUCAUAUCACCAAAAAUCUAACACAUAGGUAGUGUCCCCUUAUAAUUAGACCAAAUGUAUAUAUGUGAUAAGUUUAAUGAACGUAAACUGAAAACUAAAACGAAUUUAAUUUGAAAACAACAAAAAAAAGUAAAUACUGCCAAAUAAAUACUACACGAGUAGUAGUCAAUUAAUUAAAUUAAUUUUUGGUACAUAGCUAGAUCAUAAAUUGAAAUAAAAAUGCAUGCAUUUUUCACAUAUUUAUUCGUUUGGUCGUUAAAAAUUUUAGUUUUCAGUUAGAUGCAAU